ACUAUCGAUAGGCAGAAGUGCUGCCCUACGCGAUGAAUGGUAACUCUGGCCGUUUCCGCCCUCCAUCUUUCUGCAUUGACUUUUCACGAUGCCGCCUAAGAAGGACGCAAAGUCUUCGGCCAAGCAGCCGCAAAAGACACAGAAGAAGAAGGAGGGAUCCGGUGGCGGCAAGGCCAAGAAGAAGAAGUGGUCCAAGGGAAAAGUCAGGGAUAAGCUGAACAACCAGGUGCUGUUCGACAAGGCCACCUACGAGAAGCUGUACAAGGAAGUGCCCGCCUACAAGCUGAUCACCCCAUCGGUGGUCUCCGAGCGUCUGAAGAUCCGCGGCUCCCUGGCCAAGCGUGCUCUGAUCGAGCUGCGCGAGAAGGGUCUGAUCAAGCAGGUCGUGCAGCAUCAUUCCCAGGUCAUCUACACACGUGCCACCAAGGGUGAUGAGGCGUAAAUGUUUUACUUUUUGCCCAUUGCAUCUCUGUAGUCGCAUUCGCUUUACAAUCGAACACUGAUUGUAUCCGGAGCAAAACUAUGCCGCUGUGUGUGAAAUGUUUAAUAAACUUGCUUUCUUAUUGAUAUAAGGGA